CGGGGGUGGUGGGUGUGGCUGUUGUGACGGUUGACCUGACUUGACCUGACUAACAGCGUGUCUCCAUCGCAAUUUACAACAUUCUGUCAACAAUCUUCACUGUGAACAAAGAGACAGUCGGACGGGACAUUAGGAGUAAAGUGUGGAAUACUGUAGCCGGAAGUUAAACACUCACGCAGUUAACGGGAUGGGGCAUGUCCCCAGCAGGUUUAGUGGCGACCGCGAUCAUGCACGUUGCCAACACUAUGGAAGUGUCCGGGACGAUGACGCCACACCGAUCAUUGAGAACGACUGCACGAAAAGACGGCGCUCCACUGGGAGACGAUGCUCGGGAGACACGGUUCCGUGUCCGACAUGUCAGGGAACCGGAAGGAUUCCCAGAGGUCAGGAGAGUAAACUGGUGGCCGUCAUCCCAUGUACUGACCAGAGGCUGAGGCCCCGACACACGAAGCUGUACGUUGCCUUGUCCGUGGGUGUGUGCCUGCUCAUCAGCGUCUUGGUUUUGUUCUUCCUGUUUCCUCGCCCCGUCCUUUUGUCUCCUGUCACCGUUGAGUCUUCCGUGGUUUUCUUCGUGAACAGCAGCGUCCUCAUCAACAUCGUGAACACUGUAAACAUCACCAACGACAACUUUGUGUCCGUGCGGGCGUACAGUCUGUCAGUGCAGGCCCUCGACUUCCGAACCGUGGUGGGAACAGUCUACAUUGAGGACACCACGUCUGUCCCACCUCUGUCCACCAAAACGAUUUCAUAUAUGAUCCCAGUGAACCUGACUGAGCCUGGCAAGGUUGGCUACUGUAAAAGUCAUGUUCCAGUACACAUCCUGUACCUGCGCCUGCAGAUGUCGUUGACCAUUUACUAUCUGGCCCACGAUGAGCAGAUCUCCCAAGACGCGUACAAAUUCAUCAACUGUGGAGCCAACAGUACUGCACCACACCAGACACGGCUCGCCGCUCAGUGAUGGACGGACACAGGAGGAAACGCUGAAGAAAGAAAGUCACUGAGAUCCUGAGGUGAAGACCAAACAGAAACCAAAGCCUGACUCCUGAUUGGUCAGCUGUCUGUCCGUUGUCUUAAUGUGCUCGCUGAACUCUCUUUAUUCGCCGAAGCAUCUGUUCGUUUGCGUGACAUCACCUUGAGAAGGCAGAACUCACGUUUAAUGAUUGUCGUUUUUUUGUUUUUAUAAUAGACAUGAAGGGAAGAAUUUGCACAGCGUCCAUUUUUGUUGGCUGUCGUGUGUUACUACGACGACCCUGUUUGUUACUGUUGGCUUUGCAAAUCAUCAUGUAGUGAUUUGAAUGAAUAAACGUUGAAGUGAA